AUGCCUGUCACUGCUGCUCGCUACGGAAAGGACAAUGUCCGCGUCUACAAGGUCCACCGUGAUGAAAAGACCGGUGUCCAGACGGUGGUGGAGAUGACCGUCUGCGUGCUGCUGGAGGGCGAGAUCGAGACAUCCUACACCAAGGCCGACAACAGCGUCAUUGUCGCGACCGACUCGAUCAAGAACACCAUCUACAUCACCGCCAAGCAGAACCCCGUCACUCCCCCCGAGCUGUUCGGCUCCAUCCUGGGCUCUCACUUCAUCCAGAAAUAUAAGCACAUCCACGCCGCGCACGUCAACAUCGUCACCCACCGCUGGUCGCGCAUGAACAUCGACGGCAAGCCCCACCCGCACUCCUUUGUCCGCGACAGCGAGGAGACCCGCAACGUUCAGGUGGAUGUGGCCCGCACCACCGGCAUCGACAUCCGGUCCUCCAUCUCCAAGCUCACCGUGCUCAAGAGCACCGGCUCGCAGUUCUGGGGUUUCCUCCGCGACGAGUACACCACCCUCAAGGAGACCUGGGACCGUAUCCUGAGCACCGAUGUCGACGCCACCUGGCAGUGGAAGCGCUUCAGCGGCCUCGACGAGGUCCGCGCCAACAUCCCCAAGUUCGACGCCGCUUGGGUUGCGGCCCGCGAUAUCACCCUCAAGACCUUCGCUGAGGACAACAGCGCCAGUGUGCAGGCGACCAUGUACAAGAUGUCCGAGCAGAUCCUGGCCGUCGAGCCUCUGAUCGAGACCGUCGAGUACUCGCUGCCCAACAAGCACUAUUUCGAAGUUGACCUGAGCUGGCACAAGGGCCUCAAGAACACCGGCAAGGAUGCCGAGGUGUUCGCCCCCCAGACAAACCCCAACGGCUUGAUCAAGUGCACUGUUGGCCGCACAUCCAAGCCCAGACUGUGA